UAAGUUGUCUCUGCUAUGUGUGGAAACAUUGCAGCCCGGAGUAGACUGCGCGUGAAAACUCUGCGCUGUGGGAUCCAUGGACACCAGGCUCUGAAGGCUCUGACAACUGUUCCGUUUCCGCCAAGUCACCGGCUGACAGCAAAGGAAGUGUUUGAUAAUGAUGGGAAGCCGCGUGUGGAUAUCUUAAAAGCACAUCUCAUGAAGGAGGGCAGGCUGGAAGAAAGUGUCGCCUUGAGAAUAAUCACAGAGGGUGCUUCGAUUCUUCGGCAGGAGAAGAACCUGCUGGAUAUUGAUGCUCCAGUCACAGUUUGUGGGGACAUCCAUGGACAAUUCUUUGACUUGAUGAAGCUCUUUGAAGUGGGAGGAUCCCCUGCCAACACUCGCUACCUCUUCUUAGGGGACUAUGUUGACAGAGGGUACUUCAGUAUCGAAUGUGUGCUGUAUUUGUGGGCCUUGAAAAUUCUUUACCCCAAAACACUGUUUUUACUUCGCGGAAAUCAUGAAUGUAGACAUCUAACAGAGUAUUUCACAUUUAAACAAGAAUGUAAAAUAAAGUAUUCAGAACGAGUUUAUGAUGCCUGUAUGGAUGCCUUCGACUGCCUUCCCCUGGCCGCACUGAUGAACCAGCAGUUCCUGUGUGUCCAUGGUGGUUUGUCCCCAGAGAUUAACACUCUAGAUGACAUCAGAAAAUUAGACCGAUUCAAAGAACCACCUGCUUAUGGGCCCAUGUGUGACAUCCUGUGGUCGGACCCUCUGGAGGACUUCGGGAAUGAGAAGACUCAGGAACAUUUCACUCACAACACAGUCAGGGGAUGUUCGUAUUUCUACAGUUACCCGGCUGUCUGCGACUUCCUGCAGCACAAUAACCUGUUAUCCAUCCUCCGAGCCCACGAAGCCCAGGACGCGGGGUACCGCAUGUACAGGAAAAGCCAAACAACAGGCUUCCCUUCUCUGAUUACAAUUUUCUCAGCACCAAAUUACUUAGAUGUGUACAAUAACAAAGCGGCAGUGUUGAAGUACGAGAACAACGUGAUGAACAUCAGGCAGUUCAACUGUUCUCCCCACCCGUACUGGCUCCCGAAUUUCAUGGAUGUCUUCACCUGGUCGCUGCCAUUUGUUGGGGAGAAAGUGACUGAGAUGCUGGUCAACGUCCUCAACAUCUGCUCAGACGAUGAGCUGGGGUCAGAGGAAGAUGGAUUUGACGGAGCCACGGCUGCAGCCCGGAAGGAGGUCAUCAGGAACAAGAUCCGAGCAAUAGGCAAAAUGGCCAGAGUGUUCUCAGUUCUCAGAGAAGAGAGUGAGAGUGUCCUGACCCUGAAGGGCCUGACCCCGACAGGCAUGCUCCCCAGCGGAGUGCUCUCCGGAGGGAAACAGACCCUGCAAAGCGCUACUGUUGAGGCUAUUGAGGCUGAUGAAGCUAUCAAAGGAUUUUCACCACAACAUAAGAUCACUAGCUUCGAGGAGGCGAAGGGCUUAGACCGAAUUAACGAGAGGAUGCCGCCUCGCAGAGAUGCCAUGCCCUCCGACGCCAACCUUAACUCCAUCAACAAGGCUCUCGCCUCAGAGACUAACGGCACGGACAGCAACGGCAGUAAUAGCAGCAAUAUUCAGUGACCACUUCCUGUUCACUCUUUUUUUUUUUUUUUUUUUUUGAGCUGCAGGUCAUGAUGGGAUUGCUGCAUCUCAGCAGUUGGAUGUUCUUGCCUCUGACGGUAGCUUGUUUGCUCUGGGGGCCAGGAAUUGGAUUCAGUUUACACUAUCAUGAAGUUUAAAAAAAAAAAAAAGAGGGAGAGAGAUAAUAAACUAUAUUUUGGUGAGGGUGGUGA